UUCCACUUGCAGUCAGAAGUUUUUCUCAUUCUUAGACACUAAUAGAGCUUUUCUGUUUUGCAUUCUGCUCUUUGGAGUCUUUCCUGUUGUCACAGAAAUUAUUUGCCAUGAUCAUCUUUUCUACGAAUUCCUCAAUGCUUUUAGGGAUAGAGCUGUCAGAUGUCUGUUCUUGAGACGAAAUUCCUAACCCACAGUGACUGUGCAGAGCUGAAGUCUCCUCGUCCUGCCUUAAUUGCUGCUCAAAGUGACGCUGCAGGUGAAUGCCAACAAUGGAUAAAAACAUAGGAACCGACAGAACUGCAAAGAACACCCUGGCGAAGGCGCUGUACGACAACAAGGCGGAGUGCUCGGACGAGCUGGCCUUCCGCAAGGGGGACAUCCUGACGGUCCUGGACCAAAAUGUCAUUGGCAGCGAGGGCUGGUGGAAAUGUUCCCUGCAUGGCAGGCAGGGCCUGGCCCCUGCAAACCGCCUCCAGCUCCUCACUGCCUGCCAGGCUCUCCCGCUGCCUCCUCCUGCCCGCAGCGACUUGGCGGAGUCACCAGCAGGCCAACAAAACAUCUACCAGGUGCCCUCCCUCCCCAAGCCUACUGUGUCAUCAUCUACCUAUGAGAAGAUGGAAGGGUGGGUUAAAUCUCCAGCGAGGGUCUGUACCCUGCCUGCCCCAGGAAUAUACCAGGUACCAGCCUUGGCUGCACAGCUGCUCAGUGAAAGGACCCAAAGCUCAACAAACCAGCACCUGCUUACUCUUCCGAGAGCGUGCCGGGCUUCAGUCCCAAAUAUCAGGAGUGAAGUGUAUGAUGUUCCAUCCACCCAGCGCCGGGAGUCCCUGCUCACCCAGAGUGGUGCCACUCCACCCACCACACGGAAGGGAUCUGUGCUGCUCAGGUCCACUGAGCAUUUCCAGGAAGAGCAGAAGCAGCUUUACAGCAUCCUCUCCAGCCCAGAAAAGGCAGCAGGUGUUAUCCAGAAAGACCAACCAGUGAGUAAUUUAUAUGAUGUCCCUCCCAAAAGAGAAACUGAUGUUUCAGAAAACGAAUCUCAGAAAAAGUUCUGGGGCCACUACAAUACCUUGCCAAAUCCUCGAAAGUCAGAAUGGAUUUAUGAUAUUCCAGUGUCUCCUGAAAAAUCAGGAUUAAAACAAAACCCUUCUGGCCAUUCCUUGGAGAGCCAGGUGCUGUAUGAUAUACCGCCAGCCAGGUACAAGGCACUGACAACAAACACUGAAGCCAAAGUUGUAAAUCCACAGUUAUAUGAUGUUCCACCAACACAAUGGAAAUCAACAUUUCCAGAGAUCCAUCUUUACGAUGUUCCAUCCUCACGGGACAUGCUCCUUUUGCCACAGAAUGGGAGCUGUGAUGUAACCCCAAGUCUCCUGGCUUCAAAGGCUGAGAAACAGAUCUCUGGAGGGAACGUUUAUGCUAUUCCAAAAGGUUUGCCCACUGCUUGGCAGUGCAAGAAAGAGAUGGAAAAAGCCAGUGAUAGUUCUGGAGACCAAGCAUACAGUGCUCCUCCACAGCUCUCAAGAGAUGCCAAAUUAGAGCAAGACAGAUUAUCUGUUUCUAGUGUAGACAGCAGGAGCAGCACACUCUCUACAUCCUCAAACUCUUCUGCUGAGUCUACUUCUACAUCAUCAUCUGAAGAGCCUGCCAAAGAAAUUAAACUGGAACUUGACGUAGCCAUAGAGACACUGACCAGAUUGCAGCACAGUGUAUCCAGCUCGGUUGCAAGUUUGAUGAUCUUUGUGAGUAGUAAAUGGAGAUUACAAGAGCACCUAGAGAAAAGCAUUGAAGAAAUCCAUAGAGCAGUGGAUCACAUAAAAGUGUCACUGGGAGAGUUCUUGGCCUUUGCUCAAGUUGUAAAGGCAAACGCCUCUUACCUUGCUGAUAGCAACCUGCAGACCAGAAUUAAAAAACAGCUAGAAAUUCUUAGUAACUCAUUCAAAAUCUUAACGGAAACAAGAGAAGCUCUAAACAACUGCAACUGGUCACUAGAGGCUUUGGUCCUCAGAAAACCCCAGAACAACCCAGACGAUCUGGAUCGCUUUGUCAUGGUGGCCCGCACCGUUCCAGACGACAUCAAGAGAUUCGUAUCCAUCAUCAUUGCUAAUGGAAAGCUCCUCUUCAGAAAGAAUGAGAAGGAGCAAGAAAUGAAGCAAGCAAAAGUGAACCCAGAAUACAAAAUGGCAAAACAAAUUACACUCCCAAGAAGAACAGAAAUAGACUCACUUCAAAGAAACGCUCCCGAUAAACCCAACCAAAGUCGGGUCUCUUCUGAGAAACCACAAGAAAACGCCACUGAGGACUGUGAAUAUGUUCAGUUGCAGGCACAGAGAAUCAUUUCAGGUGAAGAAGUAGCAAAGAAGAGUACAGACUCAAAACCAAAGGUUUUGCCAUCUGCAAAAAAGACUGUCAUUCAAAGCAAGGAGGAGUCUGCCAAGAAAAUUGCUCUCUCAGAACACUGCAAGCUGUGUUUUGUUGCACUUCACAAGGCAAUCGGUGUGUUCGCGAAUAGUCUGAGCACCAACCAGCCACCCGAGGUCUUCAUAUCCCACAGCAAACUGAUCAUUAUGGUGGGACAGAAGUUGGUGGAUUGUCUCUGCCAGGAAACUCAAGAAAGAGAUGCUCGGAACGACAUUCUCCACAGCAGCAGCAGGUUUUGCAGCCUCUUGAAGAAUCUGGCUCUUGCCACCAAAAAUGCUGCCAUUCAGUAUCCAAACCCAGAUGCCAUAAGGGAACUUCAGGAUCAAACUGAGGAGCUGGCUAAGUACACACAGCAGUUUAGAGCGAUGAUGGAAUGAAAAUUCUUCAUCGUUGUUGUUCCUUUGGUAGGUGGCAGCCAAGGGGGACAGACACAGCUCAGUGACACCAACUUUCAGUCACCUCUAGGAGCUCCUGCUGGGCAGUUCCCUGGCUUUAGGAGGUGAAGAUCCACACAACAGCAGAUGCAGAAGAGGAGUUGAAAAUUAAAUUUGUACUUUCUUCUCCAUUGUUCGGAGCCUGCCUAGAAAUGUUGUCAUCUUAGUGGCUGGGCAGGAAUGUUUGCUGUGCAUUAGAGCAAAAUUAUUUUAUUAUGUGGCUGAUUUAUUGUUUUAAAAAAAUAUCUAUACAGGUCAGAAUUUUUUUUUUUUCCUUUUUUGGUAUGUAAGGUCUCUCUUUCCAUUUUACUGCACAGUGGUUUAUAUUUUAUGAUAAUCCUCUCAUCAUUUCUUCCCUGAGGACUUCACUGAAAAACUGUCAUUACAAUUUUAUUUUUUUUUAACAGCUGCAAAGCUAUUUGUUGUUUUUAAUGCGUAUGUGUUACAGUAUGGAAUCUGGCAGGUAUUACAGACAUUACUGGGAAAUGCUCCAGCUGGUAUCUAAGAAGAGAGGAAAACUGACUUAGAGGAAUCCUGGCUCCUGGAAAAUGGAUGGGGAGCAUGGCUUGGUCAUCCUCUGUGCCAGCCUGAGGCUGCUGAGAACGUUGCUCCGACAGAAACAGAAUCUGAGUCACCAAAGAUGCAGAUGGAGAAGCUCUUCCCACAAACUGGAAAGGUGAUGCUGUUUCUUGCUGGGUGCCCAGAGCACCCACGCUGGGCUGGCAGCUCCUCAGCUUCAUCCCUGGAGCCUGGACCUGGAACACGAGGAUGAAGGAGGCCCUGUAACCCCCCCCAAUAGCCUGUUUCUGUGCCUGCCUUGUUUGUAAUUUUUCCCCAUUAAUUUAUUUUCAAGUUUUAAUCUGGAAUUUCAAAGUCUGGCCUUGCUUGGCAACAUUGUACCCGUGUCUUUGCCCAAAAAGGGGCAGUUCUGUGUCUGUGGAGAAAACCAGCUCC